CGUUGUUGAAUGUUAACACCUACGUCAAUCUGAUUCCACAUCACUAUUCUGGAAAGGAAACUUAUCAACUUAAUAUCGAAAAUAAAUAAUUCUAAAUUGGACACCAUUUCCAAGUGUUCCAUAAGUUGUGCUGUGCCUUUGACGCUGUCUUGCCUUAUAUUGGCAUUUAUUAUUUUUAUUGUAAGGUAUUUUUUAGUACAUUUGUUUCUUGGAUCCAAUAAGGCCGCACUAUUUUCCUUCUUUUUGCUAGCAAUUUCCGGCGAGGUAUGUGUAAAAUAUUUCUACUCCACGUGAUUUUAAUAAAUCUUUUUUAUUUUAGCGGUUAUAUUGUUAUCAAAUUUUAAAAUGGGUUUCGUUAAGGUAGUCAAGAACAAGCAGUACUUUAAGAGGUACCAAGUCAAGUUCCGAAGGCGUCGCGAAGGAAAGACCGAUUACUAUGCCAGGAAACGCCUAACAUUUCAGGACAAGAACAAGUACAACACUCCCAAGUACCGUUUGAUCGUACGUUUGUCCAACAAGGACAUCACAGUACAGAUCGCCUAUGCUCGCAUCGAGGGUGAUCGCGUGGUGUGCGCUGCUUAUUCCCAUGAGCUUCCCAAAUACGGGAUCCAGGUUGGAUUGACCAACUACGCUGCUGCUUACUGCACAGGCCUGCUGGUCGCCCGUCGUGUCCUUAACAAGUUGGGACUGGACUCCCUAUAUGCAGGAUGCACUGAAGUGACUGGUGAGGAGUUCAACGUCGAGCCUGUUGAUGACGGCCCAGGGGCAUUCCGUUGCUUCUUGGAUGUUGGACUCGCUCGUACUACAACUGGUGCCCGUGUGUUUGGCGCUAUGAAGGGAGCAGUUGAUGGUGGUCUAAACAUACCUCACUCUGUGAAACGCUUUCCUGGAUACUCUGCUGAAACCAAGAGCUUUAAUGCCGAUGUGCAUCGCGCUCAUAUAUUUGGCCAGCACGUUGCAGACUAUAUGCGUUCUUUGGAGGAGGAGGAUGAGGAGAGCUUCAAAAGGCAGUUUAGCCGAUACAUCAAGUUGGGCAUUCGUGCUGAUGAUCUUGAGGAUAUCUAUAAAAAAGCCCACCAGGCAAUUCGUAACGACCCUACACACAAGGUCACCGCUAAGAAGUCUUCUGCCGUUACGAAGAAAAGGUGGAAUGCUAAGAAACUCACAAACGAGCAACGGAAGACUAAGAUUGCAGCUCAUAAGGCAGCAUAUGUUGCCAAGCUGCAGUCUGAAACUGAGGCUUAAAAGUGUUCGUCACCAGCUUCAGUUUAUAUUGGUGUAAAAAUAAAUAAACAGUUCUAAUGACACCAGCGACAAUUGGUAGUAAUUAACAGCCAUUAUUUGGGAAACUCUUCUUAAAAAUUUCAAUCUGUAGUGUGCGGCCGAGAAAUGUGACAGAAAUGGGGCAAUACUAGUCUAAAUACAAAAUUACCUUAAGUGAGGAAUGAACUGAAUCGGUAUUAAAUCUAGAAAAACCCCACAUCCCUCCGUACAAAUUACAAAUUAAGAGUCAUUAAUGGUAAGAUGGGAACUUGUGUACUUAAUUCGGUUUCGGCCGCAGUGGAACACUAUUUCAUCAAUUCACUGCUUAACAUUUCUCUGGUAGGUAAUGUAUUCCAAAGGCAAAUUAAGACAAGUUAAUUCAAAUACACAGCCAUUUCUGGCCAGAAAAAAACAGCAUAAAAAAGGGCCACGCUCACACUUUACUCUUGCCAAUUACUAUGACGAGUAAACGCCCACAGACUGCCCAGAGACAAAAACGCAGCACAAGUUCGAGCCAUGUUGGCACGCCCACAAGUUGCACAAAACUGCCACGCCCACAUUUUGAACCAUAUAUUUUUGGCCAUUUGCCAAAAAACGUUUUGCCAUGCCUACUCUAACGCCCAAAAGCCGCCGAACCGGUCACGCCCACACUUUGGUACAAUUUUUAAAUUUUUUCUCAUUUUACUUCUUAAUAUCUAUCAAGAUCCCAGAAAAAUAAUUCAAUUUGAGUUCGCAUUCACACUAGCUUUGUUUUACUUGUGUUCCCAUAAGCUGAGUAUCUAAGUCGAUCACUUGAACCAAAGACCCUAGAAUUCUAGUGUCUUUGCUUGAACUAUAGCACUCUCCUGAUAAUUUUUUUAACAUCUAGUAACCAUAACCUCCAUUCAAAUGAUAUUCCCAAAGAAAAAGGUUGGUCUCCAGAGGAGGCUUUUUUAAAAAUUUCUUUUAUAAUUUAAUUUUGUAAAGAUAAUUAUUAAAACUCCGUUCGCUUUACGUGUGUUUUUUUUUAUUUUUGCACUAGGAAAUUAACUAAAUCUUUUGUCUUUGUGUUUUGUUUACUAUCUCUUUUGUUCGUUGCGUAGUGCUGUUUCAUGUUGUUUUUGUGCACUGCACUGUGGAUCCGCUCUCUCGCUCUCCCAAACAAAAUCUAAACCUCUAAUCGUGCAAACUGAUCUCUUUCUGUACUAUAAAGUUUAAUUUUAAUUUUGCGUAGCUAGAGAUAGUUUUCGUUGAGCUGAUGAUCUCCUUUCUGUGCUAGAUUCACAUUUUAAUAGCCUUUAGAGGAAUUUCCAAAGCACAAGAAAGCCGCUAAUGGUUGGCUGCCUAAGGGAAACGCCACGCAGCCACUGGCAACAGGAAUCCACAGCUGAUCACAGUUCUAAAUCGUAGCAAAUCCACAAAUGUUGCUAACAUCGGCAGCGGAUGGGAGUCCAGCUUGGGAUUGCUAAAGAUUCCGUUCUAUCCACCUGUCCCGAUUAGUUUAUGACCACAAGUGAAUAUUGAGUCCGGACUACCGGCACAAAUGACCCCUCAAAAAUACAAUUUUCUUACACAAGUGGCAUUUCAUCUUUUAAAAUAACUGUCCCUAAUGAGCUUUUUUUUAACCAUUUCCAUAUAUAUUUAUAUUAUGGCGGUAAAAUACUUGGAAACCAAGGAUAAAAAUAUAAGAAAAGGGGCCCGUCCAGACCACUGCACCAUCCGCAGUGGUCCAUGACCUUCCUUAAAAUACUAACGUCUAUCAAAAAGAUAGAGCCUUGCGUAGCAAACUAACUUAUUUGAAUUCUCAUAGCCUUUCCUUUGCAUCCCAUAUAGUUGUGUUUACUGAAGUUUUCCCAGUGUAAUGAACUGUUUUUCUUAGUUCUGCUCGGUACGAGUUGCAGCGGCUAGCUUAAAGAGCUUGUGGGUUCGUCCCACCAAUUUUAUAUUUUUGUGAUUGCCCGACCGAGAAGAAGACAGGGUUUCAGAUUAAAGUAGCUUUAUUGAAGUAUUUUACAGCUGACUCCUCCGGUGAUCGCCGUCACUUGCGCCCUUGCUCCUGCAUCGCCUUGCCAUCGUUGUAGUGAGUUUCCUUGACAACGGACCACGUGCCUGUUCGACUGGGCCUUCUUUGGUCUGUGCGUUUCUCAUUGCCAGACAGUUUCACAGUUCGAUCUUCAGUGACUUCUCACUGCCGGACGUUCUAGCCUUCGCCUUAACACUCUAUUUAGACUGUCCUGACCGCGCGACUCGCGCCGGUACUCUUCUCGUCAAUCCCCGCAUACGUAUGGCUCCUCGCGUGUUGUGACUAACUGCCCAUUAUUUCAACAUCCGAGCGCACGACUUACCGAUAUCCCAGUACAGAGUAUACACGAUUCGGUACCACCCGCCAAGCCGCCAAAACAGUCAUUGCCCCUAUGAGCUGAUUCACUUCAUUUUAGGGGGGAGGAGUUACCGAUAUCACAGUACAGAGUAUACACGAUUCGGUACCACCCGCCAAGCCGCCAAGACAGUCAUUGCCCCUAUGAGCUGAUUCGAGUUGCAAAUGCAGACACAGCACUUUGACAGGAUGUGAUUGCGACAAUUCUCGGUUAAG